CAUUGUGGUACAAGCAAGAGUGAAACAUUGAGUAUGUAUAUCGUCGUCGUGAUCAACACAUACUUGGAAUGAGUCAAUUAAUAUAUUUAUCAACUUCAUUACCAAAUGUUUUAAUUGUUAACAUUUGAUCGAAAAGUAAUUUCGAAAAAAUUUAUCAUCAAAAUAAUUGGCGUCUUGCUAAUAAAAAAUUUAUUGCAUAAUGGCAAUUAGACCAGAAAUCGUCGAUCGCGUAAUUGAAAUUAGAGUCGAUCGUCUGGACAAAAAUUUGGAAGAUCUCUUGAAAGAUUAUGAAAAAGCUAGCUCCACGGAAGUUGCAUCGGAGAGUGUAUUUUCAUGCCUCGAAAAGAUUUCUAUAGCCAGGCUCGAAACAAGUUUCAUGAAAUCGAUCUUGAAGUAUAUCAAACACAUUCAAAAUGGCAUGGAUGCACUUAAAUCUAAACUUCAAGAUAUGUAUUAUAAAAAUAGCCAACUAAAGAUGAAACUUUAUCAUUAUUCGAUGAAAUCGAAAACUCUGCAACAGACCGUGACAGAUUUGAAGAAAGAAAAUGAAGUUUUGCAGAAGUUGGUCCUAUCUAUCCAUCAGGAAAAAAAGAAAAAUAUUCGCGAAAAUGAUACUACUUAUCUAUCUCAUAGCAAUAACAAAGUUAUUCAGAAUGAUUACCCAGAAGAUGAAUUUUGGGGAAAAGAUGAAGCUGAUGGAAUAAUAAAUCAAUUGGCAAAAAAUGUUAAUAUUUUUAGAAAUUUAACUAGUAUACAAGAUGAAGUUUAAAAUAACUCGCACUGAGUACCUGUUAACAAUGGAUUUAUAAAAUUACCAUUACCCUGUUAUUUCUUAAUUGGAUUUCAGUUGACUCGUAAGGUAUCACUUAUAUGAAUGAUAUUUAACAAAAUCCAUUUCAAUUUUCUUCCACUGGAAGUUUAAAAACACCAACAUCGAAUACAUUAAUGUAAUGUACAUUGUUAAAUUGUAAUAUGAGUUAAAUUCGCUUACAAAGUAAUAAUUUAAAGCUAAUGACUGUUUUCUAGAAAUUAUACGAAAACGUUAUUUAGCAAUUCAGGUAAAUAGUAAUCGUUAUUCAUUGAGCAUCAAUUGAUUAAUAGAUUAUGAAUUCUUUGUAAAAUAAAAAAUGAUAAAUUUCGGAAA